UUUAUGUUUUUCUUGUUUUAUUUAUAUAUUAUUUUUUAUCGGGAAUCGGCCCUCGCACAUUGGCCUGGCUUGGGUUUUAUAUAAAAAUUGAAGCGACACAAAGACAGCGUUUUAGUCGGGGCUCAUUCGCUGGCCUACCCAAGUGUCACACACUCACACACGCACACACAACAGAGCAGAGCUGAGCUGAGCAGAGCAGAGGUGUGUCUCAACAGCAACUGACCGGCAAUUGCAGUAGCACCCAACAAGAAGAAGAACAACACUUGCAGUAGCAGCAGCAGCAGCAACAGCGCCACAUAAAUCACACUGCGAUAACCGAUAACCGAUAGCUGAUAACUCAAAAAAUAGAAGAUGACAAUGAAUCGAGGAGGAGUGGAACGAUUGAUGCUGCUAGCGAUGCUGCUUGGCACAGCGAGUGCUGCAAAUGAAUCCCUGUCAUUGGGAAACAUAGUUGCCGAUUUGCCGGAGCGUUACGAUGAGACACAAUUGUGGCGCAUCCACAACAUAUCGGACGCAAUGCGUCAAUAUAUGCCCGUUGGUCAGCUAAUGGAGCAGAAAUUCGGUGGCAAUAUCUGGAAGGAGAAUUCCAAAUUCCUGGACAUCUCCAUUGGCAAAGAGCAUUUGAAGGCGGCCCGCAACUUUCUCGAUGCCCAUCAUCUCGAACCGCAAAUCCUCGCCGACAACGUGCAGUCCCUAAUCGAUGAGGAGCUACUCGAUGGUGUCCAAGCCACCUCAUCGCUGCCAGGCACACGCACAAAGAAGGCAUCGCGAUCGGGCAGCGGCAUGCACUGGAAGGAUUAUCACGAUCUGGACACAAUCUAUGCGUUUAUGCGGGAAGUACGCGCAAAAUAUCCGAAUAUAGUGCGACUAUAUACGAUCGGACAGACGGCCGAGGGACGGGAUCUCAAGGUUUUGCGCAUCUCCGAAAAUCCGCGUGAAUAUAAAAAAGUUUGGAUCGAUGGCGGGAUUCAUGCACGCGAAUGGAUCAGCCCGGCAACGGUGACCUUUAUACUGUUCCAACUGAUGCACAACUGGGAGAAUCAGCCGGCGCAUAUACGCGGCCUAACCUGGUACAUAAUGCCAAUGAUGAAUCCCGAUGGCUACGAAUACAGUCGAACCGUGAAUCGUUUGUGGCGCAAGAAUCGAUCGGGUCCGCGUCGCGCCGAUUGCUAUGGCGUCGAUCUGAAUCGGAAUUUCGACAUUGGCUGGAAUGGGUUCGGCUCCUCGAAGGAUCCGUGCAGCGAUGUCUUUCGCGGCACCUCAGCCGCCUCCGAGCUGGAGACGCAGGCGGUUGCCGAUUUCCUUGCGAAACGCAAAUACAAUCUGGAGGCAUAUCUAACCUAUCACAGCUAUGGCCAGCUGGUUGUCUAUCCGUGGGCCUACAAGGCAGUCAAGGUGCGCGAUGCGGCUGUGCUGCAGCGUGUGGCAAGCACAGCGGUCGAACGGAUUGCCCAGAAGACGGGCAGUACGUACCGGGCGUCUGUGACGCACGAGGUGCUCGGCAUUGCCGGUGGCGGCUCCGACGAUUGGAGUCGCGAUGCCCUUGGCGUUAAAUAUGUUUACACCGUGGAAUUGCGUGAUCGCGGCACCUACGGCUUCGUCCUGCCACCCAAAUUCAUCAAGGAUACAGCGCUGGAGGGCUGGACUGUCGCCGAAACGGUUGCCCAAUCCAUUGGUUAACACCCGCUCCCCCUCCUUAUCCAUCCAUCUAUCUAUCUACCUUUCUAUCUAUCUGCCUGUCUGUGUGUGAGUG